AUGGAUCACCCGUUUGAAAAAGGGUCAAACUUAUCCUUCCAGAGGACUCAGGGACGCCUGACUGCCUCCACUGCACUCUGGGGACAUCUCCUUCGCAAGACCGGAUCUUCGCAGGUCCCACCUUCCAGUUUGGCAAGCACGUCCACUCUAGGCAAACAUACACCCGCGGUUGCGCCGAUAGACAAAGCUGGUGCUUCUACACGUAUACUCCUCCAUGAUACUCAGGCACACUUGGAAAAGUUCACGGACCGCGUAGCGCUGCUCACCACUGGCCUGGACUCUGCCAAACGUGAGCUUAUCAUGGCGCAGAAGCUAUACCAAGACGACCACGAGCAGGUCAUAGACAAGAUCAGUGGUCUCGCAAACCGGUGUCAGACGGAGCUUCAGAAGAGCAUCGGUAGCCCUGCUCAAAGCACGGACGUCCGCGAAGUCACCAAGGAUCUCUCUCAUCUGUCGAUCAAACUCGAGGCUCUAGACGGGAAGAUUGAUACUCUCAGCUCGCUCAACCAGAUGCAAUCUCAAGCCCUUCAGGUUAUGCAGCAGCAGCAAAGCCAGCUGUUGGCAGCGCUCGUGCCAAUCCUUCCUCUCCUACAGAACGUGCCUGUACAAAUCGAGAAUGCACGGGAUCGCGUCAAAGACAGCAUUCUGGAACUACGUCAGGAGGCUCUUGCUCGCGACUCUUCAUCCAGGGCUAUCGCUUCUGGACCUGGCUACACUACAGGCUCUAGACGCUCCCGUGCACGCUCUUCUGGCCCCUCUGCAUCCUGUGAUUCGACCUCUACUCCCACUAGUCGCAAGAGGCGCCGACUGGAUGCUACGCUAGACGGCACGGAAAACCGUCCUGCCAAGGACGUCAGCUCUGUUGACAUCACUAUGCAUGCGCACCCUCCGCCGCUUGACGGCCCGACUGUCGAUCAGUCUAUAGCGCCUCUGGCGUCCUCGGACAUCCCACUGGCGCGUCUCUCCUACUGCUGUGACUCAUGGAUUUGCUACUCGUAUCUCGCGUUCCGUCUCUUCCAGGUCCCGAACGUCUCGUGCUAUUUCCACUGCUACCGUUCCGCGUACCCCUACACGCCCAUCGCGUCAGCCAUCGCAUGCGCAUACAACCCACCGCGCAGCACCCUCUGA